AUGUUUGCUCAGAGUGGUCGGGGUGCCUAUUACAGGGCCAAAUAUGGCGGAAGGGGCAGAGGCGGCCGCCACAACGUUUCGGGGGACGGCGGCCCCCCAGGCCACGCCUACGGGCAGCGGCAGUUCCAAGAAGAAGAUGAUGAAUCAGCAGGAGGGGCUGGAGUGAGGCCUUCGUCCGCGCCUUACUUGCACCAGAAGGACCUCUCGAGGUGUCUAAUCAGCUUAGAAGGGAAGAGCUAUGGCGCAUAUAAGGAUCUCAUAGGGUGUUGGGAAGUGAACGAAUUCACACUAUAUCUUGACAAAGUUCAGUCGGACCCGUUUGCGCCUCCGAGUCGGUUUAGGCUGAGGCUUCCGCAGGCCCACGCCCAGUUUCCACCUCAUUUAUACUCGUCUUAUAUUCGGAACGUCGCACUCUGUGAUUUCCUCACCCGCAAAUUCUUUGAAACAAUUUCACGGGGGGGGAUUGUUGGCCCUGAGGACGGCGCCCACCAUGGCGGCUGGCACGAUAGCAAGCCCGACACAAUACGCAUUGACAAGCCCGGUCAGUAUGUCUUCCCAAGGUCUUCAAUGAUUAUCAAUUCUGAAUAUGUAGAGGCUCGAUGCACCAUUGGUCUGCCUGCCCGAGGCCGUCGAAUCGAAGGGCGAAGAGCCGCCACCCUCCUGUGCAGCAAAUUGCCUCAGCUGGUUCGCAGCGUCAUGCACUAUUCCAGCUUAGACGCUGCGGCUCUGAAACGCCACGUGGAAUGCGUAGAAGACCAGGAAUCUCUUCGGUCACAACUACACGGACGCAAUUUGAGCGCAUUCGUGGCAAAUGGAGCCUGCUUGCCUCGCCGCAGUGGCGUUGAGGACACUCCUAUGACUCGACAGCAAGAGCCGAAUUUAGUCUUAUUCCAGUCUCCGCCCGACUUAGAAUGCGAGUUCACGCUUCCAAACUCUGGAACAAUCAGGGGAAUGGGCAUCCCCCGAGGAAUAACACUGAUUGUUGGUGGCGGUUUUCAUGGCAAGUCAACAAUGCUGGAGGCUUUGCAAAUGGGCGUGUGGAACAAGAUACCAGGAGACGGCCGAGAGUUCGUCAUUACAGAGCCAAACGCAGUGAAGAUACGGGCGGAGGAUGGAAGGGUCGUCACUUCUGUUGAUAUUUCUCCCUUCAUUAGCAACCUGCCAUUUGGAAAGAGCACUGACGCGUUUUCAUCUGCAGAUGCGUCAGGCAGCACUUCUCAAGCCGCCAACAUCAUGGAGGCUUUGGAGUUCGGGGCAACGGCGCUGCUUAUUGACGAGGAUACAUGCGCAACGAACUUUAUGAUCAGAGAUUGCCGCAUGCAGGCUCUUGUUGCCAAGGAGAAGGAGCCCAUAACUCCUUUCCUCUUUAGAGUCAAACGGCUAUUCACUGAGCUCGACAUUUCCACUAUCAUGGUGAUCGGCGGCAGUGGAGACUUCUUCGAGGUGGCUGAUUUGGUUCUUCAGUUCGACAAAUACCAAGCUUACUCGGUCACAAAGCAAGCCAAAGAUAUAGCACAAGAGUUUGAAAACAGUAGUGCCGGAAAGUUUCAGCUGCAGACAGCCCUAAGCCACGCCAAUGUUCCCUUCGGUGCUGUGCGUGAACGAACUGUUGCCGAGCAUUGUCUACGGCCUAACGGCAAGGUCAAGGUAGGGGGCACGCGUUCAAUUUCCUACGGAACGACAAAUAUUGACGUAUCCGGCGUCGAGCAGCUGGCGGAGGCCUCACAAACGAGAGCGAUCGCAUGCUUUAUUCAACAGCUAGCCAAGAACUACGAGCGGUUGAGGCAAGAGGGAAAGCGCACUCUUCGACAAAUGAUAGAGGCGCAGUACAAAAUGAUUGUCCAGGCGUCUUCAGCAAAUGACACCAAGUACCCUCGGCUGGACUGGCUGAGCACGUGGGACCACCCCGUGGGUGACUUGGCGCUGCCGCGAGAGCUCGAGAUUGGAUUCGCGAUCAGCCGUCUGCGCGGCUUGAGGAUACGGGACACAGCCUGA